CUUUCAAUCCCAACCAUUUUUACCACAUAUGCCCUCAUUUCCAUCCUUUGAAGCUACGAUCCUCCACUCACGACCGACGAACUUGCCCUCGUCUCCAUCCUUCGAAGCUUCGGCCCUCAACUCAUACGUGACUCAGCUCCUCAUCAAGAAAGUAGCUUCCAAAGACACCACCAGAGUUGCCCAUCUUCCCCGCCCCAUAUCAGCUCCAUCGCUGGUGGCAGGUUCGUUCACUCCUACGAACGAUAAGUCUCAGAUCCUCACCGUCAUCGUUUGGUCUCCUCGCUUUGGGAAAAAACCCCUCAGAUUUCUACUUUCGAUCUUGGGCCUUUCCAAUGUGCAAUUUUUGUAAAAUCAGAGUGGAUCUGAGUUUUUGCUGCAGCUCACGGUUAGUGUUAAGCUUCCAUUAUUGAUUUGAGAUUUUGCUGCAAUUUUCAUUAAAUCCCCCUUAUCAUCGCAUCGCCUCCGUCCUCCAGCUCUUUUCUCUCAAGCCAUCGAGUCUGUUUUUUCUUUCAUUACCUUAUUUAUUGGUUUCUCUGUGCUGUCAGUAACCGGCGUUCGUGACGACACCCGGGACAGGAGGAGAACCAUGGGGAGGGUAGGAGGAACAACUUGUGCACAGGGGCAAAAGGGUCGUUUCAAUUUUAUUUUAUUUUUUUUAUAAAAAAUUUUGAUUCCAUACUUGAGACUUAACCUAGUCAAUGCCCCCCACACACCGAAAAUCGGAAGGAAUUUAUUUUAUGUAGAAAACGAGAGGUUUUUUUUUUUUCAUUUUCAGAAAACUUUUAUUUAAAAGUCAACGUCUUCUUCUCUCUCUUCACCUCUUCUUCACACCUUCAGCUUCUCUUCCCCCCUUCCUCUCACGUUUCCUAUCUACACCUUGCAGCUAUGAAUAUCUAUUUGUAUUAAGCCUUGUCAUUCGCUUGGAUUCCUUGAUUUUCUGAUGGGCAACGGCAUAUGCAAGUUGACCGUCUGCUUUACCGGCGGUGGAAGCCGUCGAAGGAAGCAGGAUAUAUCUUAUUUGAUCACCCAGCCUCUUGACGAGGGACUUGGCCACUCCUUCUGCUAUGUUAGGCCUGACCCGACACGUCUAUCUUUGUCUAAAGUCCACUGUGAGGAGACCACCACUUUCCGAACAAUCUCCGGCGCAUCUGUGAGUGCCAACACGUCCACCCCUCUUUCGACAGCCUUCGUUGAUUUGUACUCUUACGGUUGUAUCGAUAGAGCUGCAGCUUUCGAGAGCUCGACUUCUUUUGCUUCCCUUCCCCUGCAGCCAAUCCCCAGAACUCUCAUGAACUCCGGUCCCUUCUCGGGAAAUCUUGGUCUGAUUCCUGGAUCGGGUCCGCUGGAAAGAGGGUUUAUGUCAGGUCCAAUAGAGCGUGGAUUUAUGUCGGGUCCAAUCGAUCGGGGCUUGUUUUCGGGUCCGAUGGAAAGGGGUAGUUCUGAUCAAUUUCAAAGAAGCUACUCUCACGGGGGUUAUGCGUUUAGACCCAGAACGCGAAAGAGCCGAUGGAUUCGAGUUCUUCAGAGGGCGAUUUCGAAGACAUUAUCUCAGGGACAACACUCGAUUGUCCCUUCGAUCAAAGGGAUUAAAGAGCCGGAGUGGAUUAUCGAACCAGAAAGGCACAACGAGAAUCUGAUGGUAAGCAGUGUGAAUUUCAGCAGCGAUGGUAGUUUGGAAGACGAUGAGUCGAUGGAAAGUCAAAAUCUUCAAUGGGCUCAAGGGAAAGCGGGUGAGGAUCGAGUCCACGUUGUGGUGUCAGAGGAGCACGGUUGGGUCUUCGUGGGGAUUUACGAUGGUUUUAAUGGUCCUGAUGCUCCCGAUUACCUUCUAUCUAAUUUGUAUGGUGCUGUUCAUAAAGAAUUGAAGGGAUUAUUAUGGGACGACGGGUCUGAAUCCUCCAACGGCACCCCCGACACGUCCGGUCUUCCGGCGAACAUUUCUAAUUUUGAAGUGGGACAAUCGUUACAGAGCAGUGAUAGUGAUGUUGGGAAGGAUAGGAUGGUAAAUGCUUGUUCUCAAUGUGUUGAGCAGGAGGGUGAUGUGUGCACAAGUGGAGAUGCGAAUAUUGAUAAGCGAAGGCAAGGUAAGAAUUGUAAGAGCAAGUAUAGAGGGGCGACAAAGAAAUGGGAGGAGAAUCAGAGAAGGUGGAAGUGCGAGUGGGAUCGUGAAAGAGUAGAGCUUGAUAAGCGAUUAAAGGAACAGCUGAAUCGAUCUGGUUCUGAUGACUGUACCAACCCAAUAAAUCAUUCAGAUGUAUUGGAAGCUCUUUCGGAAGCUCUAAGAAAAACAGAGGAGUCUUACUUAGAAAUUGCGGAUAAGAUGGUCCUGGAAAAUCCGGAGCUAGCUCUGAUGGGUUCGUGUGUUCUUGUAAUGUUAAUGAAAGGAGAGGAUGUUUAUGUGAUGAACGUGGGCGACAGUAGAGCUGUAUUGGGUCAAAAGGCAGAGCCUGAUUAUUGGCUCGGCAAAAUAAAGCAGGACUUGGAGAGGAUCAAUGAAGAAACAAUGCAUGAUCUUGAACGUUUGGACGAUGAUAGAUCAAAUUUGGUGCCCAGUCUGAGUGCGUUUCAGCUAACCAAGGAUCAUUGUACCAAUGUCGAGGAAGAAGUCCAGAGAAUACAGAGAGAACACCCAGACGAUGCUUGUGCAGUGUUAAAUGAUCGAGUCAAGGGUUCUCUGAAGGUUACCAGGGCAUUUGGUGCCGGAUAUCUCAAACAGGCAAAGUGGAACAAUGCGCUUCUGGAGACGUUCAGAAUAGACUAUGUGGGAACUUCACCUUACAUCACGUGCCGGCCGUACCUAAAGCACCACAGGUUAGGCCCGAAGGAUAAAUUUUUGAUACUGUCAUCGGAUGGACUUUAUCAGUACUUGACGAACGAAGAAGCUGUGGCUGAAGUGGAGCUGUUCAUCACGCUGCAACCCGAGGGAGACCCAGCACAGCAUCUGGUCGAAGAAGUUCUCUUCCGCGCUGCAAAGAAAGCCGGUCUGGACUUCCACGAAUUGCUGGAAAUACCACAGGGAGACAGGCGUCGUUACCAUGAUGAUGUGUCUAUCAUUGUUAUUUCUCUGGAGGGAAGGAUAUGGAGAUCCUGUGUAUAACGAUAAUGGAAAUCCAUAUACUUGAGGGAGAAAACGGAGAGAUGUAUAGUGACGAAUGGUCACGCAUUUCAUUUUUGCUGCUGUUGUUUUGUUUCACCUCUCUCCUCGCCUUUUGUAACAUGGCAGGUAAGCUCUGGGAUGGAGCCCGAGGGACUUGCUUGGGCAAUGUAGUGGGUGGCGAGGGAUGUAAAGUUGUUCAUUCUGAGUCUACUAUCUUACAGUGAAUUGUAAUUUUCUGGCCAAGUCAUUCAUUAGAGGAAAAUCUAAUAAUAUUUGGUUAAAUUAAA